GUCUACGCCGUGGUGCGGGGAGAAGCGCACCAGUGUUGUCUUUUUUAUUAAAUAGUGUUUUUUAUUUACCGGUCUUCACUAUGGCGAAACUCCUUUUGGGUCUUAUAGCAGUGGUCGUUGGAUUGGCUGUUUAUAUGAGUUGCAAGUGCUGCAAUCCUCCGAAACCGCCCAACUUGAGUCUCGACGAGUGGUGGGGCCCCAAUGAGCUGAAGGGAAAGAAGGAUACCAGUAUUCGACCUUUCCAGAUCAAAUUUUCUGAACAGAUGAUAAUAGACCUAAAAGAUCGUCUUAUGAAGCAUCGUCCCUUCACCCCACCAUUGGAAGGCAUUGGCUUCCAAUACGGGUUCAAUACCAAAUACUUGGAUACCCUGGUGUCAUAUUGGGCUGAGAAGUACCCGUUUGCUGAUCGCGAGAAGUUCCUGAACCAGUUCCCCCAAUUCAAGACCAAUAUUCAGGGACUGGAGAUUCAUUUUAUCAGGGUUAAGCCUCAGGUCCCCGCAAAUGUGCAAGUGCUGCCAAUUCUCCUUCUCCACGGCUGGCCAGGUUCCGUCCGAGAGUUCUACGAAGCUAUUCCAAUGUUGACCAAGCAGGCAUCGGGAUAUGACUUUGCUUUUGAAGUAAUUGUCCCUAGCUUACCAGGAUAUGGUUUCUCUGAUGCAGCAGUAAGACCAGGUUUGGGCGUGGCUCAAGCAGCAGUCAUAAUGAAGAAUCUGAUGAAUCGUCUUGGAUUUAAUAAAUACUACGUCCAGGGUGGCGAUUGGGGAGCCGCUAUUGUAUCUGCCUUAUCCACACUUUACCCUGAGGAAGUCUUGGGUCAUCACUCUAACAUGGCUGUAAUUUCGACCCCCUGCACAAUGCUGAAGACGGUCUUGGGAGCGUUUUUCCCGUCAUUGGUGGUGGAACCUCACCUAGCUGACCGCAUGUACCCACUGUCUACCGUGCUUUCCAUCGCGCUUGAAGAGUUUGGCUACCUCCACUUGCACGCCACCAAGCCUGAUACUGUUGGCGUGGCGCUCACGGAUUCUCCAGCUGGCCUUCUCGCCUACAUCGUUGAGAAAUUUUCCACUUGGACAGUUCUUGAGAACCGAAACCGUCCCGACGGAGGUCUGAACAACGGGAAAUUCUCCAAAGACCAACUGAUUGAUAACUUAAUGAUUUAUUGGACUAGCAACUCUAUUGCUACUUCUAUGAGGUUUUAUGCCGAAAGCUUCAGCGACAAGCAUAGAGCACUACAGUUAGACAGUAUAAAAACUUCAGUUCCAACUUGGAUUCUUCAAGCGAAAAACGAGCUUGCCUACCAACCUCCAGGCUUUCUGAAGACGAAGUACACAAACCUUAUAGACGUGACAGUCCUCGAUGAUGGCGGCCAUUUCUUUGCUUUUGAAUUGCCCAAGGUGUAUACAGAGGAUGUCUUCAAAGCUGUAAAAGCAUUCAGAGAAUGGCAUGCUAAGGCCAGCAAGACUGAGUUGUGAUUUGGUAAAUAAUUC